ACUGGAUGCUCAGGCUCCCGGGAAGCCGCGAGUUUCCGCAGGGAAGCGGCGGCAGGAGCUGCGGCCGGGCGGUCUGCAGUCUGGGCUCAGAGACCUCGCCACUCACAGUGAAAGUAAUGCCUUUUCUCCAUCUGCACAAAAUGAGCGUGAGGUGGUUAACCAGACCCGGAGCUCACCCUCACACAGAGUCCAGCCUACUGCUCUGAUGCCGAAAGGGAGGCCGAAAGUGCCAUACUUGGACACCCCCCUGGGCCAGCCCUCCCGCCUCUGGCUGGAAAUAGCUGGGCUCUUCUUACUGCUUCCCUGGGUUAUGGGCGUGACAGAGACAGGAGGGCCAGAGGCCCAGGGUCCAGGGAGGCUCAGCUGGGCUGUGCGUCUGAAUGGCCUGCAAGGUGAAGGGAAAGAAGAGACUCUGGAGCAGCAAGCAGACACCUUGGCCCGGGCCGUGGGGCUGGUGAAUGCUGGACGCAUCGGAGAACUUCGUGGGCACUACCUCUUUGUCCAGCCACCUGGGCACAGGCAGGACCAACAGGUGGAGGUUAUGCGGCGGCAGAUAGAGGCUGUAUUGACCGGGCAUGAAGCUGUGCGUUGGCACUCAGAGCAGAGACUGUUAAAGCGAGCCAAACGCAGCGUCCACUUCAAUGAUCCCAAGUACCCACUGCAGUGGCACCUGAAUAACCGGCGGGCCCCUGGCAGGGACAUCAAUGUGACAGGUGUAUGGGAACGCAACGUAACAGGGCGAGGGGUGACUGUGGUGGUCGUGGAUGACGGAGUUGAGCACACCAUCCAGGAUAUUGCGCCCAACUAUAGCCCCGAGGGCAGCUAUGACCUCAACUCUAAUGACCCGGACCCCAUGCCUCACCCCGACAUGGAGAACGGCAAUCACCACGGCACCCGCUGUGCGGGGGAGAUCGCGGCGGCACCCAACAACAGCUUCUGCGCAGUCGGCGUGGCCUAUGGCAGCCGCGUGGCAGGUAUCCGGGUACUGGAUGGACCUCUCACCGACAGCAUGGAGGCUGUGGCGUUCAACAAGCACUAUCAGAUCAAUGACAUCUACAGCUGCAGCUGGGGUCCGGAUGAUGAUGGGAAGACAGUGGAUGGACCCCAUCAGCUUGGAAAGGCUGCCCUGCAGCAUGGGGUGAUGGCUGGUCGCCGGGGAUUUGGGAGCAUCUUUGUGGUAGCCAGUGGUAAUGGAGGCCAGCACAAUGACAACUGCAACUACGAUGGCUACGCAAACUCCAUCUACACAGUCACUAUAGGUGCUGUGGAUGAGGAGGGACGGAUGCCUUUCUAUGCAGAAGAGUGUGCCUCGAUGCUGGCGGUCACCUUCAGCGGUGGCGACAAGAUGCUCCGGAGCAUCGUGACCACUGACUGGGACCUCCAGAAGGGCACAGGCUGCACUGAGGGCCAUACGGGGACCUCCGCGGCAGCCCCCCUCGCUGCCGGCAUGAUAGCCCUGAUGCUGCAGGUGCGGCCCUGCCUCACGUGGCGUGACGUCCAGCACAUCAUUGUCUUCACAGCCACCAGGUACGAGGAUCGCCGUGCAGAUUGGGUCACCAACGAGGCAGGCUUCAGCCACAGCCACCAGCAUGGGUUCGGCCUGCUCAACGCGUGGAGGCUCGUCAACGCGGCCAAGGUCUGGGCAUCUGUCCCUUAUUUAGCUUCAUAUGUCAGUCCAGUGUUAAAAGAGAACAAGGCUAUUCCACUGUCCCCUCGUUCCCUGGAGGUCCUGUGGAAUGUCAGCAAGAUGGACUUGGAGAUGUCGGGGCUGAAGACCCUGGAGCACGUGGCAGUGACGGUCUUCAUCACACACCCAAGACGUGGCAGCUUGGAACUGAAACUGUUUUGCCCCAGCGGCAUGAUGUCGCUCAUCGGUGCCCCCCGAAGCAUGGACUCGGAUCCCAAUGGCUUCAAUGACUGGACCUUCUCCACUGUGCGGUGCUGGGGGGAAAAAGCGAAAGGGACCUACAGGCUUGUUGUCAGGGAUGUAGGAGACGAACCUCUCCAGUCUGGCAUCCUCUGGCGGUGGCAGCUGACCCUAUAUGGCUCUGUGUGGAGUGCAGUGGACAUCAGGGACAGACAGAGGCUGUUAGAAAGUGCCAUGAGUGGAAAAUACCUCCAUGAUGGCUUCUCUCUGCCCUGCCCACCUGGGCUGGAAAUUCCUGAGGAGGAUGGUUACACUAUCACUCCAAACACCCUCAAGACGCUGGUGCUGAUAGGUUGUUUUACCAUCUUCUGGACCAUCUACUACAUGCUGGAAGUGUGCUUGAGCCAGAGGAAUGUGGCCUCUGCCCCAGUUUACAGGCGUGGACCCUGCCACAGUCCCCACCGGAAUCGAAAAACCAGGGAGAAGGGGACAGAAUUUGAAUCCAUGCCCCUUCGUGCCAGCAAAGAUCCAGAUGAGGCGGAGACUGAGAGUAGGGACCCUCCCACGACCCCCACUUCCCUUGCCCCAGACCUGAUGGACCAAGCAAACUGGAGCCUGUCCCAGAACAUCAAGAGUGUCCUGGACUCCCCUCAUCGGCACUCGUCCCCAGACCUAUUACAGGGAAAAGAACAGAUGUGCUGACCUCAGAGCCUGACAGAUGCAACAUGGACUUGGCUCUCCCUUCCUUAAAUGGGGGA